ACGUAUACCACCAAAGAAAAAAGUUACCACCACCACUCUUAAGCUAUUUUGCGCAUCACAACUCAGGAAGAGCGCAACAAUGGCGCCAAGAAUCGCUUCUCUGGAAGAAAUUAAUCAGAGGAAGGUCAUCGGCAUAAACGCGGAGACAGUCACAAAUAUCUCAUCAACAGAUUUCCCCGGCCAUUGGCCUGGCGAGAAUCAUGAGUGGUCUAUUGACGUAUUUAAAAGAAACCUCAAAGUCACCUUCCACAAGAAUGAACCUUACGAAGCUUCUUUCUCUUUGGUCGGCGUCGACGCAGCUAUCGCAAACGCCUUCCGUCGCAUAAUGAUCGCCGAAAUUCCAUCCCUUGCCAUCGAAACCGUUUAUAUACACAAUAACACCUCCGUCAUCCAGGACGAGGUGUUGGCGCACCGUCUGGGUCUAGUCCCUCUCACAGGCGCGGCGGAGGGGAUCAACUGGCUGCGCUGGUUUAGGCAACCAACAGAAGGCAAACCAGAUUCCGGCAGCGAACUCUCAGAUUCCAAUACUAUCGUUUUACAUUUAAGCGUGGAAUGCACGAAGAAUCCUAAAGCCAGCGCAAAUGAGGAAGACCCCCAGAAGCUGUACAACCAUGCACACGUGUAUGCCAAAGAUAUUACAUUCCACCCGGUAGGCCGACAAGAGGCCUACUUCCCAGAGCCUUAUGGUGCCAUACGGUCCGCCAAUCCUGAUAUUCUUCUGGCGAAACUACGACCUGGCCAAAAGAUCGAUAUUGAAAUGCAUUGCAUAAAGGGCAUUGGUGCUGAUCACGCUAAAUUUUCCCCGGUGGCAACAGCCUCAUACCGUCUCCUUCCAGAUAUACGCAUACUUCGGCCCAUCCUUGGCCAGGAUGCUCUCAAGUUUGCACGAUGUUUCCCUAAGGGUGUCAUUGGAAUCGAUUCUGUAUCCGCGGAGGAGGCGUCGCAGGCUGGGAGCGGAUAUGAAGGUCAUGAAGGCGAGAAGAAGGCUGUUGUGCUUGAUCCCUUCAAGGAUACUGUGAGCCGGGAAUGCUUAAGACACGAGGAAUUCCGGGGCAAAGUCAAGCUAGGGCGGAUACGGGACCAUUUUAUCUUCAACGUUGAAAGCACAGGGCAGUUCAGGAGUGACGUUCUAUUCCUAGAGAGCGUAAAGGUGCUCAAGCUCAAAUGUAGGAGAUUGAAACGUGAUCUGGCUAAACUCGCUGACAUGACAGAGGCUUCAUGAAUCUUUAUAAAAAAAAUCAUUUUCCCUUCCUUUCUGUCUUUCUGGUAAGCUUUUUUUUUGGCGUUGGGGGUCUUUGUUUCGGCGGAGUUAAUCGGCUGAUAAGCGGGAUUGGGGAAGUUAUUACGAUUUGACUUAAAGAAUUGUAGCUAUAUCUAGAAAAACUUAUCGCACUUCCAUGUAUUCAGAUGAAUUGCCGUUGCUCCCAAGGAUACCUUUGGGAGUAAAAAUAGCCAUACCAUCGCACUGUCGGUUUUAUUAACCUGAUCAUUUAAAUGUCACUCUAAACCGGAAGUCGAUCGUGUAAGCUGGGUCGCUAACCGCCACUUCGUCUCCAUUCGUAACAAGUUCUUUCAAUUUCAGUUUCAAAUUGGGCCUUGUGUGCUCUUCCAACUGUCGGGGAGCGCGCUGAUAAAGCAUCUUCGCCUCUGAUCUCAAGCUAGGGGCUUUGAGUUGCGCUUCCGGUAAUUCUCCAAGGGACAGAAUGAAAUCUUCCAAGGUCGAUUCGGGAUCUACCAUAAUCGGUUUCG